UGCUUCCUAAACCGUCCUAACUAAUGUAAAAUAACCGAAAAUUAGCUACAGAAGCACUAGCAAGCACUAAUCGUCCUAAAACAACUAUGGAAGCAGAAUUGAUUUGCAGUAUUUGCCAUGAUUAUUUCCUUGAAGCAACAACCAUAUCCUGUUCGCAUACUUUUUGCAAAAUUUGUAUAACAGAUUGGCAAAAACAGAGCAGGGUUUGUCCGAUUUGCAGGCAACCCAUUAAACACCUUAUUAAGAGCCAGGCACUAAAUGCUUUAGCUAAUCUUGCCCGAGAACGCUACGAAAAAGAAGCUUUCAAAUCCUUUGACAAAUCUAAAGCGAAAAACGUCAGCAAAGCAACGAACACGACUGCUCCUUUCGAAGCCCCUAGUACUUCUGCUUCUGGUUCGGCAUCUAGAUUAUCCCGCUCUCCGCUUAAGGUGAAAGAUUUGGUUAAUGCUUCUAAAAUAAAUAACGAUAAUGGAAAAAUGUUAGAUUUGGCCACAUUUGGCUCAAAUCUUGCCGGAAUCGCAGUUGAUGUGGUGAACAAGAAACUUGCAGAAAAAAUUCCCGUCGUUGGCCCUUUGACAAACUUCCUUGCCACACUUGGCAGGACCAAGGUGUUAGGAGGUGAAAUGAAGUCUCUAUUGCAAAGCGCCGUUCACAAGACUACGGGAAGGACCAUACCGGACGAUGUACUUGACGCAAUUUUAAUCGGAUAUAGUGACGCAGGUGGAAAUUAUACAGCAGACAUGGCUACUAAAUUAAUUGCUAAUAUAAUCGACCAGCAAUAUGCCAAUUUUAAAAAUAACAGACAUUAUUGUAAUGAUUCUAGCGACAGCGAUGAUGAUGAUGCUUACAGAAAUGAUUUUAAAAUAAACAUUAAAUAUAUUGAUUAGGGAAUACACCGGAAUUAUGGUUUUAAAUUGUUUUGUUGAUGUCUCAAUUUUAAUUUGUACAAGUGUUAAAAUAUUUUUAAUGUUCGUCUUAAUUGUUUUAUACUAAUUUGUGUUGUACUUAUUCCAAAUUUUAAAUUAAAACUUGCACUUUAGAAAUAAAUUAUCUUUGAAUUGUACUGGAUUCAUUUGCAUAAA